AGGGGUUGCAUGGUUUAAGGUGACAUGUUGAAGUAGAUACAGUUCCAGUUAAAGUUUAAGUCGAGUUAAAGUUUGAGUUGAGAGCGUAAAGAAAGUAAAGCUACUGUAAAUAGGCAGUUAGAUUGAUUCAAAGGAGGUUUUAAAAAGAAUACCAAGGAUGCCACGAUCAUUUUUGGUGAGGAGGAAGCGGGACGCAUGCGGUGAAUUGACUUGGGGAGAUGAUCAAAACUCAUCCUGGAUCACUCACAUCAGUGCAGCAGUGACAGUAAAGUCACCUGACACCGUCGACCUGCAGUCAGUGCCGUUGUUAAACAGCGUUCCUUCUGAGCCGAUUGACAUAUCCAGCAGUGCUGACCUCGAGUCAACAUACGCAUCUAGCAGCAAUGAAUCAGGAACAAUGAGUCCUGAACACUGCCAUUCUCAGCAGCUUCCUCAGAGUCUUUUACAGUCGAUUUCUCCUUCUGAUUCAGCGUCAACAACCAGAUCCAAGGUUCCUACCCCCAGCUCUGGAGACUUCCAGUGUCCCGUUUGCCAUAAAAUCUUCCCACUCCAGCGCAUGUUGACUCGACACCUGAAGUGCCACAGCCUUAUCAAGAGACACCCGUGCAGGUACUGCGGCAAAGGCUUCAACGACACGUUUGACCUGAAGAGGCACAUGCGCACACACACAGGUGAUGACACUCUACACACGCACCUCUUGCAGAGAUCUCUCCCCGCUAGAAGCCCUCCGUUUCUCACCCACGCACUCCUGUGUGCAGGUAUCCGGCCAUAUAGGUGUGAGCUUUGUGAGAAGGCCUUCACGCAGCGCUGCUCACUGGAGUCUCACCUGCGCAAGAUCCAUGGUGUGAGGCAGCAGUACGCUUACCGGCAGCGACGCUCCAAGAUCUUUGUGUGCGAGGACUGCGGCUUCACUUCCAGCCGACCAGACGAGUACUUCAUGCACGUACGUCAGAGGCACCCCGACAGCCCAGCACUGCGCAGAUACUACCGCAAACAUAUGCAGGAGACCCCCUCUCAGCCCCGCAUCUCACCCUUCAUGCUCUACCCAACCACAGCGUUUUACAUGUGAAACCCAACGCACUGUUUCCCUGAGCCUCUGCUGAAUCUGCAUACCUGGUAACAUGAGCAGGCAGGGUUAUGUAGGCCCACUAGCAUUAUGAUAUACAAAUACACAAGGUACAGUAGGUAAGGUUUGUGGACGUCUCACCAUCACACCCAUAUAUUUUAUUUGGAACAUUCUGUUAUCCUUUGCGCUUAUAAUAACCUCCACUGUUCUAGGAAGACUUUCCGCUAAAUUUUCCAGCAUAGCUGAAAAUGUGAUCAUUCUGCCACAAGAGCAUUAGUGAGAUCAGACACUGAUUUUGGGCAAGGAGAGCCCAAGGCGUUCAGAUUAGUUAAGGUCAGAGGUCUGUUUAAGGCACUUAAAUGUUUUAUCCAUUCCAACUUGGGUGCAAGUUUUGGACAAGGCACUGUCAAGCUAAAAAGAAAGUGUAAGUCUACACCUUAAAAACAUCAUAUAAAAAAACUUAGUGGUGGCAUUUUGGUUAACACCAAAAGAUGUGAUGGUCAGGUGUCCGCAAACUUUUGGUCAUAAAAAGAAUGCAUGUUAAAGAACACAUUGUUUUAAGCAUAUUCUUUGGGUGCAGUCUGUCGUUUUAAAUCAGUUUACGUAACUGGUUUUCCAUUUUUACCACAUUUUAUUCUAAUAUGUUAAUAAUAUCAGGUUCAUUAUGCCUGUACAGUUAUUAUAAUCCUUUCUUUGGUCA